UUGUGACUUCAGUUCUAUGGGUGGCUCCGCCCUGCCGCCCGCCUGCGGUUGGGUGUAAAGUCCGAAGAAACCGGCGAGCUGUUAACAGUGCGACUGCGCUACAUGAGGGGGGUGUGGUUACAUUUCAGAGCGCGAAACAUGGCGGAGAAGGGUGCAGCUGCUGGUGUCGGCGGCUCUGGUGACAGUUACAGCGAAGCUCUGGGUGAUGACCGCGUGGUCAAGACAGCUAUGGAGGUGUUCGAGAAGCUGAAGGGUGUAAACUGCCCCUUCCUGGACGGUCUGUAUAUCACAGAACCAAUGACAAUUCUGGAACUGCUGUGUAAGCCCUCAAAAUACAGGUUGGACAUACUGGAAUGGAUGUGUGUACGGGUCUGUCCCUCCUUGAAAGAGAAGUUCAGCUCUUUAAAAGGAACAGCAGUGGAUUUGAAGAUACUGGAGAUGGUGAAGCUAGGCCAUGAGCUGAUGUUGUGUGCACCCAAUGACCAGGAUCUUCUGAUGGGCCGUGAGUGUCCCCAGAAGCAGCUGCAGUUCCUGGACCAGUUCCUAGAUAUGAUGCGGAGCCUGGCCACUGGACGUUCCAGUAGUUCUAGCCUGGAGAAAUACUUUGAAGACACCACAGAGAAGAAUAAGGCCUUGCUGGGGGAGCUCUUCUCCAGCCACAACCUGUGGGCAAUCGUGAAGCCUGAGAGUGACCCGUGGCUCUUGGACAUGCAGUCCUCUCUCAACAGGCAAUGUAAUGGCCGGCCAAAGGAUGGACGCUCUGCCCAGUCAGAGGGAGAGAAGGUGGCAGAUCUGGCCAGGCAGCUGCAAGAGAGUGCUACCAAGCUUCAGACACUCCAAGACCAGUACUUUGCACGGCAUCAUGCAGGGACUGAUACCAGUACCAUACACCAGAAGCUCCGUCUGGUCAUCUCUGACUUCUACCAGCUUGUUUUGGUCUUCCUGCAAGUCUAUGAUGAUGAGCUGGGCACUAUCCAGUGCCCAUUACCCAGCCUGCACCCAAGUGGCACUAUCAUACAAGCUGUCUAUCAGAUUCUUGCUUCCUGUAGUCAGUUGUUGAGAGUAGCCAUGGAGAUUGAAGGCGCCUCUGCUGAAGCUAUGGAAGUAGUGAGGAGGCAGCAGGAAGAGCCCAGCUGUUGCUCCAGCAACAACUCUGGGAUAAGCCUAGAUACUGUAGCUGAGCCCUGUUGGUGACAUGUCCCAGAGUAUCAAGUAAGAUGCUCAUGUAUAAGGCUUCGGUAUCUCCUGGCCUAUAGGAUUGUGUGAAUGAGUGCUACUGUAACGGCAACAACAUAUUUCGAGGACAAAGUGACCAUGCCACAGCUGAGAAUUGGAGCGAUCACAAAUGUCAAGAGAGACAUUAACUGGUGUGGAAGGGAGACAGCCAUUGGGAGCAAAUUCCCAGAUCUUCAGAAUAGCCAAGUGACAGAACAGCUCAAGGGAAUAGUGGGGGGCAGAUGCUCUGAUAGUAGAACUAACUAACUAACCACUGGAGUCUGAAGGCCUAGCAGCUGCUCUUGAAAAGAAGUAUAUGUGGAGAAUGGAGGUGGCCUGUGGAGAAAGCAGUGGCAGUGAAUAAGCAAAUCAGCUGGUGAUGUGAAGCCUGCCCCCUUACCUCUGAGGGGCCAUAUGAUAAAUGCUGACUUUACUGCUUCUUCCUGAAGCCAAAUCAACUUGUCAGACAUAAUUGCUUUCCAUGGCACUUUUCAAGACCCCUCCACAGGAAAGGGGCAAACCUGAACAGCAUGAGGGGAAUACCUUCUGUCCAGACUCUAUAUCCCAACUCUAGGGCAGGUCAGGGACAGUGUGUAGAGAACCAGUAUGGUGAAGAGAGAAGACCUGGAUGUUAGUAGGAGGUCUUUCCUGGCAUAAAGGCAAGAAGGAGUCUUGUAUGGACUGCCAACUCCUGCCUCUUUCAAGCAUACAAGCCCUGAAUUCACUUUGCUGUUCAUGUUUCUUUUUCU